AUGGCCGAGGCGGCCAUCUCCCGAGACGAGGAGGUCUUCGCGCAGGUGCGGAGGGCGGUGAAGAAGGAGAGCGUGGACAGGAGGGUCGACUUCGAGGAUGGUGCGGGCGAGUUCAUCAAGGACGCCCUGCUCCCGAGCCUGAUCUUCAGCCGCUACCCCUCCGCCCAGGGCGCAGCGGCCUCACCCGACGGCGUGUUGUGGAGGCUGCCCGCCCAUGCGGAUGCACUGCGGGAGCUCGCGCAGAAGCCAGCCGCCUGGUGGGCGGAGCUGCUGGGAGCGAGGCUGCUCGCGCCGCUGCGGCUCACGCUCGCGGGCGAGCCGGGCGGGGCGGCGGAGGCCCAGGGCGGGCCCCGCCUCGAAGUGCGACGGGACGACGUGGGUCGUGGCGCUGCCAGCUUCUCCGCGGACGCCGCGGUGUUCGUGCCUCACGGCGUGGGCGACAUGGGCGGCGGCGGCGAGGAGCUCGAGUACCAGUUCGACGCAGGCUCGGCCACGGUCCCGUCGGUCUGGCCUGGGCUCUGGGAGGUCUGCGAGUCCCUACCGUUGGUGCACGAUGCCUGCUCGGAUUAUGUGGAGAAAGCCUUGUCCUCGACGCUGGAGGAGGCUGGCAGCACGGGAUCCGCUUUCGUGUACGUGCUCGGGGUUGCGCCUGGUACUUGGGAGCCUUUGGAGAGCUCCCUCGUGGGCGUGGGCGAAGCGGAGUCCGUCAUAGCAGAUGUCGUGGACGAGGUGACGCACCUAUCCGACGAGCAGUUCCCCGUGCCAGAGUCGCAGGGCUUCAAGUUCGCCGCCUCGCCGUGCUCGGUAUUCUGUGGUCUGGGCGAGGAGUCGACGGGAGCAGCUGUGUUCCUCAACGAUCAAGCCGCCAGAUCCAAACUCAGAGUGCCACCAACAGUGAUCAUCAUCGAAGUGACCUUGCUCGAGGUCUGCCUGUCGGAUGGUGGCUUCCGAUAUGGAGCGUCCUUCGUGCUGUACGUGUCUUUCGGCUUCUUCCUCGUGGUCUUCGUGAUGCUCGAGGGCGUGCCGCACGUGGGGAUUUGA